AUUAGUUUUAAAUUUUCCAGUUACAUGGUGAAAACUAAUGGCGCUAGAAUCAGUAGGUAGGGAAUUUUUUUAUUGCUUGAAAUCUUUAUAAAUUUUACCAUUGGUUCAAAGUUCUCUCUAGAGAAAAAUCCUAGAACCACCUGAUUUUCCUACCUUUUUUAGGGUUAUAAGGUCUUUUCAUUUCAACCUGCAUCCUUGCCUGCAACCUUAUCCUCAAAUUAAAUCCUUUUAUUCAUAAUCAUGGUUCCACGUCCAAGUGUUAUUUUAAGAGAGUAUCGUGGAAAUUUAAUGAGAGAAAGGGAGUCAGUGGAGAGGAAGAUCACGAGGAGGAGAAACAAAAAGGAUGAGCUGUUGAAGAGAAAUGUAGCUACAGGAUUGAACAGUUCACCUGGAAGAAGAUAUCGUAUCAACGAAGAAAUUAUCGAUCUUCACAUAAUUAGUGAGCAGCUGGACAUGGACAUCCGGAAUGCAACAAUAGUAAUCGAGAGGAUGUUGGAAAGAGAGACUGGUGCUGCAAGGGUCCUGCCAGACGUUCCAUGUCCUCUAGAUGAUCCCAUCCAUGACUCCGAUGGUGAGGGACCAUAGGAUGGGAAAGGAGAA